AUGGGCACAACUAAUAGCACCAUCAAAGAAGAAUUCAUCUUGGUGGGCUUCUCUGAGCAGCCCCACUUGGAAAAUACUAUUUUCAUGGGUGUUUUGGUAUCUUAUAUCCUGACUCUUGUUGGAAACACAAUCAUUAUUUUAAUCUCCUUCAUUGAUGCCCAACUCAAGACACCUAUGUAUUAUUUUCUUUCUCAUCUCUCUCUAGUUGACAUUUGCUUUACCACCAGUAUUGUUCCUCAACUGCUAUGGAACUUGAGAGGACCAGCCAAGACUAUUACAGCCGUAGGUUGUGCUAUUCAACUUUAUGUUUCUCUAGCAUUGGGCUCUACCGAGUGUGUUCUACUGGCUGUAAUGGCUUUUGACCGCUAUGCUGCUGUUUGUAAACCACUUCACUAUGCAGCUGUGAUGAAUCCACAGUUGUGUCAGGCUCUAGCAGGUGUUGCAUGGUUGAGUGGAAUAGGAAACACUCUCAUCCAAAGUACUAUCACUCUCCUGCUGCCUCGUUGUGGACAUCGGCGGAUCCAUCAUUUCUUCUGUGAGGUACCCUCAAUGAUUAAGCUUGCAUGUGUGAACAUUCAUGCAAAUGAGGUCCAGCUAUUUAUUGCUUCUUUAGUCUUGCUUCUUUUGCCCUUAUCACUGAUUUUGAUAUCCUAUGGACACAUAGUAAAGGCAGUUAUAAGAAUAAAGUCAGCACAGGCUUGGCGAAAAGCUCUGGGGACAUGUGGAUCUCACUUGAUUGUAGUGUCCAUCUUCUAUGGAACCAUCACAGCUAUAUAUAUCCAACCCAACAGCUCUUAUGCCCAUACAUAUGGGAAAUUCAUCUCCUUGUUCUACACAGUAGUUACACCAACCCUCAACCCUAUCAUAUAUACUCUGAGGAAUAAAGAUGUGAAAGGAGCACUGAGAAGACUUUUUAACAGAGAUUUAGGCUCAAAAGAAUAA